AUGGCUGUCGACAAGUUACCAUUAUUGGCCAAGUUGGAACCUGUGAGCCUGAUCGGCUUGGUCCUUCUAUCGGGGCUAUUUUUUUUAUUGACAGCAACACGAAAGUCCGACCUCCCUCUUGUGAACGGAAAGCGACCCUUUGAGUUUGGAAUUGCCAAAGCCCGCCAACGAUAUCUGAAGAACGCCCAUGGCCUAAUUACGGCUGGUCUAGAGAAGGCUGGUGCAUUUCGGAUCGUGACAGAAAAUGGCACUAGAACUAUCUUGUCGCCUAAAUAUGCUGAUGAUAUUCGAAGCCACCGUGAUCUAAGCUUGAGUGCUGCUUUAGUUAAGGAACAUCACGUCAAUAUCGCAGGGUUCGACGCAGUCAAGGUCACUGUGACAUCUGAUAUCAUUCAAGACACUGUCCGAACGAAGCUCACUCAGAAUCUCUUGAAUAUUACGGAGCCCAUGUCAGAGGAAGCUACUAUUUUGUUGAAGGCACAGUGGACGGACAGUACCGAGUGGCAUGAUGUUGCGCUCAGACCCAAGACUCUCGGCAUAGUCGCCCAGCUAUCCUCUAGAGUAUUUUUGGGUGACAAAGUUUGCCGUAAUCCCGACUGGCUACGUCUCACUGUCAACUACACUGUUGACUCUUUGAUGGCUGCCGCUGAACUUCGACUCUGGCCUGAGAUGUUGCGCCCAAUCGCGGCUAGGUUUUUACCUAAAUGCAAGAAGAUUCGCAAGCAGCUUGAGGAGGCCCGCAACAUCAUUCAACCUGUUAUUGACGAGCGCCGACUGGCCCAGCAGGCGGCAAUUAAGCAGGGGAAGCCCCAGGAGCGCUACCAUGAUGCGAUCCAGUGGCUCGCAGAGAAUACCAAAGACCGCACUUUCGAACCUGCCGCAAUGCAAUUGGCGCUCUCAACUGCAGCUAUCCACACAACGACUGACCUGCUUACGCAGACUAUCCUUGAUCUUUGUGGACGAGAAGAACUUGUCCAAGAACUGCGGGAAGAGAUUAUUUCCGUGUUCAAGGAUGGCAGUUGGGAUAAGACCACAAUGUACAAGCUCAAACUGAUGGACAGUGUGAUCAAGGAGUCUCAGCGAGUCAAGCCCAUGGCGAUCGCUAAAAUGGCACGUUGCGCCGAGGAGGAUGUCAAGCUUUCCGACGGGACUAUUAUCCCGAGGGGUGAGAUAAUUCUUGUUUCCUGCAGUAAAAUGUGGGACGCGAAUGUGUACCCCGAUCCCAACACUUUUGAUCCCCAUCGAUUCCUGAAGCUACGCCAACAGGGCUCAGACCAAGAGAGCUUUGCUCAACUGGUUUCUCCCUCCCCCGAGCAUAUGGGAUUCGGCUUUGGAAAACACGCUUGCCCUGGAAGAUUCUUCGCUGCCGCCGAGCUCAAAGUCGCUUUAUGUCAUAUCAUCAUGAAGUACGACUUUAAGGUGGCAGAGGGAUGCAAUCCACAGGUGUUGAAAUCUGGCAUGAGACUUGCGGCGGACCCAUUUGCCAGAAUUGCUAUUAGAAGAAGGCAAGAAGAGAUCUCUUUCUGA